GUAGGAGGAACUUCAUCGCAGAAGAACAGGACGUCGGGAAUGUUUUUAAACAAUAUUGACACCGUGUGCCUGCCACACUGACACAUAUUGUGCGGAAGGAAAAGUAAAAGGAUUAGGACCAGACCAGAGGUGGAUAUGAGGCUUUGUGAGCUGCCUUCUGUUGGGAACGACCACAUCUUGCCGGGCCCCUGAAACUGAGGGGCCCUUACCAACAAACAGAGUGGGAUGGACCUGCGAGCAGAGAGCCCUGACAGAGACUCUGAAGAUGAUGCCUUCAAGUGUGGACCUGAGGGGGGAGAGGAGGGCGAGGGCUGGGGGAGCGAUAGUCAACCCGAGGCCUGCACCCCUACUCCUCCAUCCAUUGGCAAGAGGAAGAAGAAAAGGAAAAAGAGACUGUGGAUCAAUAUCGUCAACUGCAAAUAUGAAAGUGUGCGACGUGCUGCUCGCAGAUAUGGCCUUUGGGAAGCAGUGGAGGGCGAGGACUGGACUCUCUUCUGGACAGACUGCUCUGUCUCACUGGACAGAGUUAUGGACAUGAAGCGCUACCAGAAGAUCAACCAUUUUCCCGGGAUGAGUGAGAUUUGUAGAAAGGAUCUUCUGGCUCGAAACAUGAACCGCAUGCUGAAGCUCUUCCCCAAAGACUACAAUAUCUUUCCCCGAACAUGGUGCCUACCGGCAGAUUAUAGUGACUUCCAAGCUUACACCAGGUCCAAGAAACACAAGACUUACAUCUGUAAGCCAGACUCCGGUUGCCAAGGGCGAGGCAUCUUACUCACUAAGUCCAGCAAAGACAUCCGGCCCGGAGAACACAUGAUCUGCCAGGUGUACGUCUCCCGGCCAUUCAUUAUUGACGGCUUCAAGUUUGACCUGCGUAUCUAUGUGCUGGUGACCUCCUGUGACCCCUUCCGCAUCUUCCUGUACAAUGAGGGGCUGGCUCGCUUCUGCACUACCCAAUACAACGAGCCCAGCAAUGGCAACGUGGAUGAUGUUUGCAUGCAUCUGACCAACUAUGCCAUCAACAAGCACAGUGAGAACUUUGUCCGUGAUGACGACACUGGCAGCAAACGGAAGCUGUCCACCUUGAACAAGCACCUGGAGGCCAUGUGUUACGACACAGAGAAGAUGUGGUUGGACAUUGAGGACGUGAUUAUUAAGACGCUCAUCUCUGCCCACCCCAUCCUCAAACACAACUACCACACCUGUUUCCCCAACCACGCUGCUGGCAGCGCCUGCUUUGAGAUCCUUGGCUUUGAUGUGCUGCUAGACCAUCGACUCAGGCCCUGGCUGCUGGAGGUGAACCACUCCCCCAGUUUCACUACUGAUUCGCGGUUGGACCGGGAGGUGAAGGAUAGCCUGCUGUAUGACACCCUGGUUCUUAUAAACCUGGGUGCCUGUGACCGCCGUAAGAUCACUGAGGAGGAGAAGCGCAGGGUGAAGGAGAGGCUGCAGCAGAACCGCUCUAGAGAGGCCAGGAGUGAGGAACUGCGUCAGUCCCAGGCAGCCAGUGUAGAGCAGAUGCGGAGGUAUGAGGCCAAACACCUGGGUGGCUUCCGCGGGAUCUACCCUCGCGAGGGCGGAGAGAAGUACGAGAAGUACUUCAAACACAGCAGCUCCUUGUUUCAGGAGACUGCCGCCUCCAAGGCCAGGGAGGAGUGUGCCAGGCAGCAGCUGCAGGAGCUGCGUCUGAAGCAGGAGCAGAAGGAGAGGGAGCAGAAGGGGAGCCGUAGACGAGACUUGCAGGGGGAGUCUGCAGGAGAGAGGGCCAAACCACACAGAGUACAAGUUCGUCAGACCAGCUCCAACUCCCAACAGGUUACUCUCCUGACCAUGCCCCCCCUGCCUACUGCCACCAACGGUUCCCCUACGGUGCAGGACCUCUCUGAGGAGGAGGUGGAGAGGGUGAGUGGACUGCUCCAACGGGAGAAUCUACUGAGGGACCUGGGGGUGGUGGACCAGAUCUAUCAGCUGCUGCAGGGGCGAGGCCACUCCAUGCCUGACGGCAUUACACCCCCCCGCGAGCAAAAUGAGCUGCCCCUACACAGACAUGAACGAGCCAAUAAGUUGGACUCCCUGAGACCGAAGCGCCACUGUACUGUGAUCCAACACCAGGUGCCUCCAGGGGCCAAGCCCUUCCGGCAGUACGUCCAUUCCCAGCUGCUGCAGCAGCGCUGGCCCUGGCCAAGUCUGGACAGGGGGCCCACUCACACUGAGUCUGCCUGCCUACAGUACUACACCCCAGAGGACCAAGUCCUAGAGACAGUCUGCCGGGCGCCAGGAGACCUGAGGAGGACCAACAGUGCCCAGCGUAUCCCAUGGACAAUCAAUGGUGCUCGUCAGGGUAGUAUGAGCUCGUCCUAUGCAGAGUCCAGGGCCCGGGCCACAGUGUCAAACUUAUCCCAGCUCAUGCCUGGACGGCUCCACUGCACCCCCAUGUCCUCCGACCCCAAGGCCUUCCAGAGCCUGUUUGUCAUCUCCACCCCAGCCCCCCUGAUCCAGCGGCCCGAGUUCCCCCACCCCAUCCGCAAACCCUUGCGCAAAGUCCCCCAGCACGGACAAGGGCGCUAGGGAGCAGGGACUUCACCAGUCCUGCCAUAGUGCCAUAAACCACAAGCGGGGGAGAGUGAACAAGCUUUCCUGGCAAAGUUGUCCCUAAAAUCCUCUCCCUAUACUGUGUAAAUUUCUUCACUUUUACAUCAUCAAAAUGAAAUUCAUUUCUACAUUG